AUGGCUCCUCUCGGGCACGCCGUCUCGCUUCCCCCCGCCAUGUACUUCCCCCAGGAAAUCUUCGACCACAUCGUCGAUUUCUGCGAUCAGGCCUCCCUACUUCCCCUCCUUCUCACUUCUCGACGCCUCCACUCUCGCGUUGUACGUCGUCUCUACUCCUCUGUGCGAUACCAUCCCUCUAUCCACACCAACUUCAUGGCGUCUCCUCAUGUCUUUCGGCACACAACGGCUUUACAGGUCGACGCGCCCUUCACCACUCCCAUCCCGGUCAUGGACAACGUCGUACAAAUGUGGUGGCGACCGCUCUUAUCCGGACCCUCUCUUUUGACCACCCUCAACUCUCUUCCCGCCUUGCGACGCCUUCGUGUCGAUGACCCUUUGCGGACAUCGGGUGCUGUGCUCCGCGUGGUGUCUAGUCUUCCCCCCUCGUUGGAGGUGCUGUCCCUCGUAGUGGAGAGUGCGCACAUGUACUCGCUCAAUCCUACGGCUCACAAAGGACGGUUGCACAAUCUCUCCACUUUAUGUAUUCGUUUUAUGCGGGCCUACCAGUACAGUCCUGUCACCAUGCUGUACUUCGCCAACGUUGCCCCCAACGUCACCCAUGUCUCUUUCCCAUCAGGCCUACUCGUCUGUGCAAUGCGACAUUCGACUGCGGUUUUGAAGUCGUGCACGUCUCUACACGCCGGUUUGGUACCGAUCCAGGGGUAUGGCGAAUCAGACCGGAUAGUGCUCUUACGGACCACAUCGGCACUUUCUCGCGAAGCAGCACCUCUAUUCUUCGCAAGCAUUCAUAUCGCCUCGACCGCAUCUAUCGAUUUGCUCUCAAAGGCGCUCGAUCGUGGACAGUUGGAUUCCUCUUGGCCUCGCCGACUCCAAAUCAUCCACCUUCCUGUGCGUCUCCCCUAUUUUGACAAUGUGACUACCAUCCGGUGGAUCGUUCGUCACUGCGACAGUCGCACUUUCUCGCCCGUUGCGCUUAGGGCUGCGUUGUCUGGCUUCCCAUCACUCGUAUCCCUGGCGCUCCACAACGGCCCGCGCACUUCGUCCGAGCUCAGCCUCGUGCUAUCUCCGCUCGCGCGUCGGCUGCAUACCUUGGAGUUGGCUUUCCCUCCUUCUUUCCUCGUCGCAACAACCCUCCGGCCGCACUUUUUGGUUCUACGUAACCUCAUCUUUGGUGACGGUCACCCUUGCGAUCUCGGUGCGCUCUUCGCCGAGAUGUGGGAAGACCGAAGCUCUAUUGAGCGCCUUCGCAUCCCGGCCUUUUGCACGUGGGAUGUUCUGCGGAAUGUGUUGCGCUUCGUCGCCCCCACCCUUCGUCGUCUCGACGUCGAUGUACUCACGUCCGUGGAGAUGUACACGUUCUUUUCUGUGCCUGCAAUGGCACGUCUUUCGUCAGUAAGAUUCGAGAUUCGCCACCCUUGGGACGACUCCCGACGUGAACUUUCCUUCGUCCAAGACUUCAUGUGGAUUAUGAGGUCUACUCAGGAGCGUUCUUUUCCGGCGUUAACUACUAUUGACUUGCAUGUCGGACUAACAGUAGACAGCGACGACACAUGCGACGAUGACCUUCUGAGCUCUUUGACGCCGAAGGAGAUGUUUUCUCUCGCACGUACAUGCGCCAUCAUGCACAGCAAGGUUCAGAACUACCUCAGACGCGCAUUCAAUAUCGACGCCGCCCUCGAGCGCUUCAUCCCGCAGGACAAGAUCAGUACCUUCCGCGACAUGCAGCACUCUACGGACGCCAUCAUAUCCGGGUCGUUCGCUCUUCGAUUCCUGGGACGCUAUGACUGGGAAGUCAACGACCUGGAUCUUUACGUAGAAGAGCGAUGUGUCGAAGAAGUCCGCGACUGCCUCGUCGACAUAGGGUACCGAUACCGCGCGCGGGCUGACCAGGUCCGCGAUUUCGAUGCAGAGCUCGAUCGGUCUCUUUCGCGUGCAGAUGAUGACCACUACCCCAUCGACGCAUUGAAAGCAGCGUUCAACUUUCACAUGGGUAAGCGGACUAUCCAGCUGCUCGUCACGGGGUCGGCUGUCUUGGACGUCGUGCUACGCUUUCAUAGCACGGCUGUGAUGAACGUGAUCACGCACUCUACUGCAUAUGCGCUUUAUCCGGAGACUACCUUCCACGAGCGAAGGUCGCUUUGGAUGCGGCCUCUGUGCGAAUCGGAGAAGCUGCAAGUCGCAUAUGAGAAGUACGAGGAUCGCGGGUUCCGAAUGGUUCAAUCCAUCCAUCGGAGCGAAGCCGCUGACGCUGCGUGCGAGCUGGGAAAGCGCUUUCGGUGGAUUGGCGACGCCAUGACUUGGGUUCUCCCUCUACCCGCAACUGGUGACUUUCCUAUCGAGUACGAGGACAAAGAGGAUCACGCGAAGUACCGGUCUUGGCGUCUACAGUACCACAAGCGAACUACCGCAGACGGCGACGUCCUCCUUGUCCCCUCUAUGCAUACCUGUGUCUUAAGCGCGCAUCCGGUGAGCAGGCACGCGUACGAUGUGACGGGUAUGACGUUCGCGUACCCCUCCAUGAGAGUCGAGUUCAAAGCGUUGGCCCGAGAUCAUACCUCUCAUCCGUCGUACUGGCUCCCAAAAGACUGCGAUUUUAUUGGUCGCCAUGUAUGCGAGGGUAUGUCCCUUCGCCGGCAAUCGAUGCCCGCAUAUCGGCCCGCGCCGAAGACGAAGAAGACCGUCCCGCUGUCGAAGCGCAUCCCUUCCUUUGCUACACGGUUGGAAGGGUAUCAGCGUGCGUUGCGCAUGCGAGGCAUGGUCUCAUGA